AUGGCCUUGUCUAGCGCUCGUCUUGCUUCGCGCAAAUUCGUCAAUGUUGGACCUACCGUCUCUACAUUGGCAAACGGUGCUCCAUACUCGGCAAACUUGAACCUUAACGCCCGCGCACCAUUCGAUCCACAUGCAGAAGACCACGGUGCUCACCAUGGCGGUGGUGCCCGUGCUGAUGCCGACAAAGUUCCUUCUUGGGCAUCUAAGCUAUCGAUGCAAAACGGUUCUCUAUUAGCACGUACAAAUAUCAACGCUCCCGUCUCACUAGGAUCGCCUCGUCAAUUCAGCACAUCUACAAAGGUUGCUCAAUCCGUUCCUGAUUUCACACCUUACCGUACCACAAACACAGAUACAAACAAAGUUUUCUCCUACUUUAUGGUCGGUACAAUGGGUUUAGUUGCUGCUUCAGGUGCAAAAGCUACCGUUUCCGAUUUCUUGGCUUCCAUGUCUGCUUCUGCUGAUGUUUUGGCUUUGGCUAAAGUGGAAGUUGAAUUGGCAAACAUUCCUGAAGGAAAGAAUGCAAUCAUCAAAUGGCGUGGAAAGCCAGUCUUUGUUCGUCACAGAACAUCUGAUGAAAUUGAAGAAGCAAAUGCAGUCGAUGUUGCUAAAUUGCGUGAUCCUCAAAAGGAUGCCGAUCGUGUCAAGCGUCCCGAAUGGAUUGUCAUGUUGGGUGUUUGCACACAUUUGGGUUGUGUUCCAAUCGGUGAAGCAGGUGAUUACGGAGGUUGGUACUGCCCUUGUCACGGAUCCCACUACGAUAUCUCUGGACGAGUUCGUCGUGGACCUGCACCUUUGAACUUGGAAGUUCCCGAAUAUGACUUUAACGAUGAGGAAGGUAAAUUGAUCAUUGGUUAG